AUGGGCCAUGUUUUUGAUAGUGGAUUGGGUGCUAAUAGUAAGAAGAAGAGAAGCAAGAAGACCAAUGACAAGAAAGGAACCUGUCAAGGGAAGAAGACUGGUGAGAAGAAGACUGCAGCAGGUGGUCAAAGGUCAAGGACUGCCAAGCACAGACAAGGGAAGAGGAAGGAGUCUAGCAGCGGAGCAGCGGAGAGCAAACAAUCAAGGCUGAACUUCACAGUAGAAGGAUACCCAAGAGAGUCAUCUGAGUACGAGCCUAGUGAGGGCAAGAUAGUGUACAGGGCGCCGGGCUAUGGACAGAGCAAGGAGGACGAGGAUGAUGGCAUCGUAGCUCGCCACUGUGACAUCUGUCACCUCAAACCAUGCCUUGCCACUGCUUGGGACCAGAAGAUUCGUGAUAGCUGCCACAAGCACUUGAUAGCUGACAAGAGAACUAUCAAUUUCACAAAGAAGGCUGUGGAAAAGAUGCUUCAGAAGGAACACUGCAGGCUUUUCAUGAAAAGGUACCGCGUCAAGGAUCCCAUCCCAGUUUGCAUUGUUUAA